GAAGGGGAGAGAAAGAGAGAGAGAGGAAGUGAGAGAUGAUUCUCUGCUUCAGACUCUCACGCUAGAGAGGAACGGGGAAAGGGAAGGAGAACAAGACCAACCAACCAUUGGGGACUUGACUGAGUCAUCGGAGGCCAAAAUGGAACGGAGGAACUACUAGGAAGCAACGAGCAAGAGUAACGAGCCUCGAGUUGGGAAAAGGGAUGUCAAAUACAGAUCUGGAGGACCAGUUCCUUUUGGCGGCUAGAGCAAAGGAUACCAUCAAAAACAGAAGCUCCGCCACAUCAGAGCCAGAUCGUAUCCACAACCGCAGAGCAAGAUGACCUCAGUUUAUCAGAACACUUUGUCGGUGGAGCACUCUAAAGAAGUCACUUCCAGACCCUCAUCCACUCUUCGGCUAGUGGAUCCCCAGGCCAUUCCUACAACAAGCCAAACCUACAAUAAUAACAACAACCCCAUUCAUUUUGGCACAUAUCAAGACUGCGGCACGAACAUUGAAGAAGGUGCGUCGGCCGGCGGUGUUGGCGUGUUUCUUGAAGCCAUGAUAAGUCAAAUGUAUGACAUGGAAGGAUCCAGACCUUCCGAGAGAACCUCGCGAGAAGAUGCCUUGGGAGCAGAGCCGUCGUCAAACAAGGAAGAUCAUUUCCACUCCAGUCCCAUUUCGUCCACCUCACCGGGCUAUUUGAACGCGUCCAACAAUACUCCUCAAAUUACAUCUACUCAACCGCAUUUCGUCACUGAUGAUGUGGAAGGCAGUGCUGGAACAGGUCCGGAAUACUUUGGUCAGAAUAAUGGUGGAAAUGAGCCGGUGUCAGGCAGCUAUCGAUAUCAACGAGCCUCUUCGUCCUCGUCUUCCCCAGCUACCAACAGCUUGAAAGAACGCAAGAGAGUCAUGAGUGCUUCCAGCAUCAAUGCUGCUUUCGAAGAACUUCGUUUGCAUGUUCCCACUUUUCCGUACGAGAAGAGACUCUCCAAAAUUGAUACAUUGCGAUUGGCUAUCGCUUAUAUUGCCCUCCUUCGAGAGAUUCUGGAUCAUUCAGACAUCAUGGAACCUUUGGUUUAUGUGGAACGAUGUCUCAGAGGCGAGAUCAGAAACGAGGGAACAGUGGGCUGGAACACCUCGGACCUCACUGCUCGCUUGGCUUGGAUCAAUUGGGAUAACUUAGGAGUGGGUCCUUCUCGACGAGGAAUCCUUUCCAACUUACAGCUUUCUUCAUCAAGCGAUAGUCUUAUGAUGGGCCAUUCACCGCAUGUUCAUCUUCCUCCAGCACAUCAUCAUGAUUUGCACGAUCCAAAUGGUGUUGGUCACGUUUACCCGUCUCACAACCCGAGCGCCAUCCUUCAUGCUCCCCAUAGCCAUCAUCACCACCAGCAUCAUCACCAUCAUGAGCAACCCCAACCAGUACCGCCGCAACAGCAUCACUCCCAACACCAUUCACAACCACUUCAACAACAGCAUCACCAUCAUCAUUUACAUCAUAAUUCCCAUCCUCAAAUGAUGUGAUUUAUCCAGGAAGUAAGCUAGUGAUGGAGAUAAAUGUAAAUGAUUGACGUGUCCGGCAAGCAACAAUUUGAUGCGGUUGGUCCUUUUAGAAUACAUGGAUCAGUGUGUCAUUUCGGUUGUGAGAAAGGUAUGUGAAGAAGAGAACAUUUUUUCUUGCAAAAGGAAUGGCGUUGAAUCAAUCGGCAGUCAAUACGAAUGAUAUUCAUAAAUUCAUUGUUAUUGUUAUGCCACAAGUUUUCUGUUUGUCAAUUAUUACAUGUACGUAUAUUAAAUUCAGCUUUAUGAAUGUG